AUGAAGGAGGAGCAGGCUGUCCAACCUGGCAGCGACGGACACAAGAUCAAACAAGUCCCUCUGGUUUCCUGUGAGAGCAUGGACAAAGCCAAUGAAUUCACAUUCCUCUGCUUCCCACAGAAGCUUUGGAAAAUGGUGGAAGGCAACCAGUUUCGGUCCAUCUGGUGGAGUGCGGGUGGAAAAUGCGUGGCCAUCUAUGAAGAACUCUUCAAAGAGGAGGUGCUUGGCAGGGAAGGACCUCUGCGGGUUUUUGGCACGCAGAACAUGAAGAGUUUCCUUCGGCAGCUCAAUGCCUACGGCUUCACCAAACUGCCAAAGGAUUUCCAAAGAUCUGCCUCCCUGCCUGAAUUCCUGGCAGAAGAAGCAGCAGCUUCUGCUCACAGCAAGAUACUCUACUACUACAACCCCUACUUCAACAGAGAGCAUCCCGACCUGCUGCAGAGGUGCAGGAGAAGCGUUGGCCUCAAACGAAGAGCCCCAGAUGCCCCAGAGGUGGAUGAAAGGCCCCCCUCCAGAAGACCAGAUGCCCAGUCUGCAGGGGACACGCAGGCAUCUCCACCCACGACGAUCGUGCCCACCAAGCAACAGGCUGAAGCACCUCCCAGCCUUGGCAGCACCCAGCUGUCUCCACCAGCAGCUGCUCCCACCCUUCUGGAGCCUGCCGGAGCAGCAAGCAGCCAGAGCUUCAUCCCUCUGGCCCAAUCCUUUCUAGCACCAGCCAGCGGCCAAACCCCAGAUGACCUCCUGCUUGCUGGUCAAGGUGCUGCACCAUCUGCAAUGGUCAUGCUGGCAGCAGUCUCAGCUCUGCUGGCAGCACCCAGCUGUCUCCACCAGCAGCUGCUCCCACCCUUCUGGAGCCUGCCGGAGCAGCAAGCAGCCAGAGCUUCAUCCCUCUGGCCCAAUCCUUUCUAG